AGUCCCGCCCCGAGGCUGCCUUCGCUCCGCUCCUCCCGCCGUUCCCCUUCCCCUCCUGAAAGGGCUGGAAACCGCGCUGCCAUGGUGGACGUCCAUGAGGUACCGCGGCGCCGCAUCGCCACCGGGCAUCUGGCACAGCACAUCGGGCAGCCCGUCUGCUUCGUGGGCCGCGUCGAGAAGAUUCACCCUACCGGGAAGCUUUUCGUGCUUUCAGAUGGGGAAGGAAAACAUACGACUGUGGAGCUGAGCGAACCUCUAGAUGAGGAGAUCUCUGGAGUUGUUGAAGUAGUGGGAACAGUAACAAAUCAGGCAACGAUCAUGUGCAUGUCCUACGUCCAGUUCAGAGAAGAUAAAUGUCCAUUUGAUCUGGAACUCUACAAUGAAGCACUAAAAAUUAUUCAUGAAUUUUCUGAAUACUUCCCAUUUGGUACUGGGAAGAACAACUGAUUCUUCUUAGCCCGUAUUUAGAGCUUCAAGAGGAGACCACAGUUCUGUAACUUCCUUGCCUGACAGCAUGGUAACAGUUGCGUUUAUUUCCAACAAAUAUGUUGAAAGUAUCCUGUACUAUCGCCAGUGAAGAGUGUUUUCCUUGAAAAUGUAUUUAUUCAUCAAGAAGGAGAACGCUUCUGUGGAUAUCUCACUGUCUGUAUAUAUUUAGCCAUUUGCAACUCUGAGGAGUGUUCUCUUGCAGGAUUGGACUUGAUAAAAAUGGAAGUUUAUGUAGGCAUCUUUUUCUAGGAUACUUUACAGGAAAUUUGUAUUGAAGAUAUUUGAUGGGAUUUUAAUGUAAAUAUUUUUAAAAUUUCAUUUGCUUUGAUACAGGUUUAUUGAACAUGGGCAGGGUAUUUUGCAUCUUAAAAAUAGUCUCUCCUCCAAUAAAAAAAGACCCUGACUGCAUUUAACUCUGUCAGUGUUACUUGUCAGAGCACUGUUCUCAGUGACAGAUGGUGAAUCCCAGUCUAUUUUACCAGACAUGGGUAAUUUUAACCAAAGGGAGUACAAGGCAUUUGUCUUUUGCACUGAUGUUAAGCACUUAGAAGACAUCACACAGAAACGUCCACUUAGGCUUGGUGAUUUCCAGCGCUGUUGACUUCCCAUCACAGCCCUCAUUUGUGGUCAGAGUCUAAGUGGAGUACUGGGAUUCAGCCAACUUGUCCUGAUUACUUUAAACUUCUGGGUGGUUCCAAACUUGUUACUUUCCAGGCUCUUUACAACAUGUAGCAAGAUUCUUAGAUCUCUUAAAGUAAUAUGAUCAAAGUAAAAUCUAAUUUCGGAAGUAUUCUCUAUAAAUCAACAAGUAACAUUUUAAAUGAACCUUUACCACAUUCAUUAACCUUUUGUACAAGUAGGUUUCAGGUUUAAGACCUCGAUUUAGUGCCUUAUUAAGAUUGCUAGCUGUGUACUUAUUACUGUGACUUCCCUCUCUCCCCUGAUAGGCAGAAGCGUGGCUGGUUUUAUGUCCCAGUUGGUUAAGGUACUGAAAGCAGGCCGAGUCUGAACUGAAGCAAUAGACAAAAAUUUGGCAAAUUCUCUUGAGGAAAUUCAUUUCUACUGGAGAUCCCAAGGCAGGCAACCAGAAAGCAGCUGUGCAGUGAAGUACCACACAGGAACCCAGGGCUGCACACGGGAGGUGGGAAGAAGCCUUUAGCAGGGGUGUCCCUGCUGACUUGCCUGGCAAAUGCUGGACUCUUGGCUGACUGAUGGUCACCCUCACCAGACCCUGCUCUGCUGUCCUUUCUCAGGCAUGGACCCAUCCAAAAUUCAUGCUGUGCUCAUGCGCAAGCAGCCUCUGCGGAUGAUGACAAAGUGCUUGCCCUUAAUCAGGGAACAGAAGCAGGCUGAAGCAUAUGUUGAAAUGAAAAUAAUGAAAUGUAAUCAGCAUGAACCAUAGGGUCAAAACAUCAUAGUAUACGAGGCCACCUUCAUACGAGGUCAGAGUUGAGCAAAUACUAGAAAAUAGUAAUCGUUAAAGUAACUGCAGCUAAUAAAAUGGCUGUAGCUAUAGUGCCUGGUAAAAGACGACAAAUCCCUGCAGAAUCACAGCUUGAUUAAUUUAAAAGCAAAAACAAGGAAAAAAUCUGAUCAUUAAAAACAAUAUACCUCUUUAUUUGCAAAAUUUGCAAAUAGUAUAAUUUCUGGCCUGGAAGCCUGAUUACCCAUAAAAACUGGUGGUUAUACUGUGCCAGAAUACACACACAUUUCAAAACAUUUCAAAGACAUGCCGAGUAUCAAAGUAUCUAAUUGAAGGAAAUGACAGAAUUUGACACAAAAGGGUAUAAUAUCAAGUAAAAAAUGUUACAUAAAUUAUUCUUUUUUACAUAAGAAAAUGAGACAUUCUAAGUUAGCAGUUGCAUUCACCUGGACAUAGAAUUUAUCAAGAAAAUUACUAAAGGAAUAAAAACAAAUCCUUGACAGUUACAAAUCCUCAUUUCCAUAAAGCAAAAGUUUUAUUGCCUGUAUUUAUAUAAAUAGGGUAUCACACAAACCCCAGUUUACAUUUAUAAAUUGAGAACAUUUUGAAGAAUUCUUCAACAGCAACAUGAAGUGUGCAAAAAUACUGGAAAGAGAAAUAAAUAUUCCAAUAAGAAAAAAGGAAGUUGCUCCCCCCUGCCUACAAACAUUAAGAACCUUGUAGCUGUUUAACUUUGUCAAGUAGACAAGAAUUUUAGGUCAGAAUAAAGGCAGCAGAUGUAUUUCAACACUAACGCUAAAUCGGGAAAUAGAAGCCAAAGUCCUGAAUAUAAUUGUGUACAUCUACAGAAAACAUUUCCGCAUUCCAUCUCACUGCAACUACAUUCGAGCACUAUUGGUAUAUUACAAUAUAUUCUCUUUUAAAACACCCAAUUUUCACAGUCCUGGCAAUAUAGUACUAGGUUAUUGCUAGCAUUCCAUUGAGUAUUUCAUAGCACAAAAAUGUUAACUCCUGUUUCUACUAGUAAAUAAACACACACCAAGUAAACUGAUGUUAUUAUCACACACCUUAAAACAGGUUUUUUUGCCCCUAAUUUGUGUGAAUUUUAUUGCCUACAAGAUCAAGGACAACUCUCCUGAUCAGCUCCUAGCACAGUAUUAGCAAAAUACCAUUGCCUCUCUCAAUUUAAUAAAUAAUCUUCAUUCCAGCUGGUAACAUCCAGAACUACUUCUGGUCAAUGAUCUGAAAUUGUGCAGCCUUCUGGGAGCAGACCAGUAUCUGCCAGUGACCACGAGCAGGAUUUAUAUAGGUUGAUUCCACACUUCCUAGCAUAUUUCAGGGAAAUGCUGAUUAUCUAAUAGUCUUAAAAUAUUUCUGUAGUCAAAACUCUGCAUGUAAUUUAAACUUAAAUAUUUACAAGUCUCCAGUCCUUGAGAUGUCAGAUUUUUACAGUACUAUGUUAAAAACUCAUCAAUCAACUGAAACCUCCUAUAGUUUAUACCUGCACUCUGCAUUGAAACAGACAUGACUUUUCAGGGAACUCUUCUCUAAGACAUGGACACUGCUAGGAGACAAAACCUCCCAGAUUCUUCAACAUUAAAAUUCACAUCAGCUAGGUAUGAAAGUAAAUUUAAAAAGGUAAAUUGUAAAGAUGUUGCUUUACUGUUAACAAAACUUGGGAACAGAAAUAAAUGGAUUUUUCUUUAAAAGUAUUUAGAAUACAAUUAACAGUGGCACUUCAAAUGAACUUACAAGGAAACAAUCUUUUGCGUACAAGAAAGUGUGGUAAAACAAUGAACAGAGGAAUCUUCAUCAUCUCUUUGUGAUCUUCUGAAGAACAAUUUUUUGUUUAUGUUGAAGGCCCACUUUCUUAGCAUAUAAACACUGCUUUGUUUGGAAAACAAAUAAAAUGGCCAAUCAGCAUUACUCUGAAAA